AUGCAGAUUGGUGAAAUUGCAGAGUCCAUGGGGUUCUCCGUCGCUCUAUCUUCGAAAUUGCAGCCAAUGAUUAAGAUCGUUCCUCGAGCCAUGUCUGCCGCUGCGGAUGCUUAUCUGACCCCCGUUAUAAAAGCGUAUAUCGAUUCAAUUUCCGACAACUUCGAUGAUACCGGUCCCGAGGUGUACGGCAACUGGAACGCACCAGUUGCCAUUACUCAUUCCUCGACUAUCUAUUGCCUCCGCUGCAUGAUCAAUUUGGACAUUCCUCUGAACCAAGGGUGCCUGGCCGCGAUCGACAUCCGCAUUCCGGAGAGGAGCAUCCUUUCUCCAACAAAGACAGCUGCAGUUGUGGGUGGGAAUGUCAUAACCUCUCAGUGUAUUACUGAUGUCGUCUUCAAGGCCCUUCGCGCAUGUGCUGCCUCUCAAGCCUGUGUCAACAACCUUACUUUCGGCAGAGACCCCAAAAUUGAUCCGGAAACAGGUAAAACCAUUCCCGGGUUCGGCUACUACGAGACCAUCGCAGGCGGAAGCGGUGCUGGCCCAACUUGGCACGGGGAGUCCGGCGUUCAUGUCCACAUGACUAAUACGCGCAUCACAGACCCCGAAAUAUUUGAGAAGCGCUAUCCGGUUCUCCUGCGUCAAUUCUCUCUUCGUGAGAACUCCGGCGGCAAGGGUUUACACUCAGGCGGGGAAGGUGUGGUCAGGGAAAUUGAAUUUUUGAGCCCUCUGCAAUGCUCCAUUCUUUCUGAGAGGAGAGUCUAUAGACCAUAUGGUCUUGAGGGCGGCGAAGAUGGACAGACAGGGCUGAAUUUAUGGAUUACAAAGGACACUGAAAGCGGGACUGAGAGGGUUGUAAACAUUGGAGGGAAGAACACAGUGAUGAAGAAGACCAAUGAUAGGAUUGUCGUCAUGACCCCUGGGGGCGGCGGGUGGGGGAAAGCUUGUUGA